CGAGUCGACCACGUCGGCUCUUUGCUGUGCCCUCUUGAGCUGAUCGAAGCGCUAGUGCCUCUAACACGAUCUCAACUUGGCUCGGUUGAACCGCGUACCGACGAAGAGCUUUCCGAAUUGCCCAAGAUCACGGCCGACUCCAUACAAGCAGUUCUGACGAAGCAAAUUGAAGAGGGCGUCACAACGAUCAGCAGCGACGAAGAUGAACGAACGACACUCUUCGAUGGGAUGUUUGAAGCUUUGUCGCGCGUCGAGCAACGCCGUUUCUCCUGGGAUGCCUCUCACUCAGGUCUGCCCACUAAUCGACCUCUGAAGAAAUGCGCGUAUGUCGACGAUUGGCCAUUCCUUCGCUCGUGUCUUCCGGUGGAACGAUGGAAAGACCCCAAAAUGACGAUGCCUCCCCCGACAUGGGAGUUCAAUCAGCUCACCAAAGCUUACACAGCUGAUUCUGGCUAUGCCCCGGAUAAGGACCACCUCACUGACGUGGCGAAUGCUAUGAGAGGGGAGAUUCUGGACCUGUAUGAUAAUGGACUUCCGAAGGUCCAGAUUGGCGAUCCCAAUCUGGCGAGCUUCUGCGAUGAAUCUUGGACGAACAGCUUGCGGGACCGUAGAACUGACAUCGAGAAGUGGCUCGGAUUAAACGUUCAUCCCCACAACUGUCUGCUUCGAGAUCUGCCUGAAGACCUCAAAAUUGGCCUCCGUAUUUAUUGGUGCAGCUAUCCCAAAGGCUAUGAGAAGAUCGCAGCAAAGUUAUUCCGAGAGAUGGAAUACAAGAUAUUCUACCUUGGAUUCGACUCCCCACAUGGUGGAGACUUUGGGCUACCAAAGCAUAUUCCACCCAGCAAAGCUGUUGUGCUCGGCGUCGUUGGCACGAAGGAGGCUGACCUCGAGGACCUCUCUAGAACGAAGGAAAGGGUAUUGUCAGCGGUUGAAUUGAUUUGCUGA